UCCCCAUCCGCAUCCGCCGGAACACAGAACUUCGCGCAAUUGGAGUCCCUUGAUGUCAGUCAACUGCAGCUUUGCCACCAGCACCUCUCCUGAUUCUCUUCUCUGCUGCACUUGGCGACCAUAACGGCCGUCAGGGAAAGAAAUGCCAACGGGAUGAGGGGAUCGUAGGCCAAGUAAAUACAAAAUGUUAAAUGUUUACGACACAUUGACGUGCAGUUUGCUUUUCGAUGAUCGCAGUUAAGGUUCCACUCGAGUCCCGUCCGUGUGUUUUAUCCACCACCGUCUCUAGCCUCGGGAAAAUGUACCCGACAAUUCUUGAUUGCAUUUUUUUCACAAACAAAAGAAGACACACGAAAAACCAAUAAAAGAGCACGACAGAAGGAUCGAUCCAGGUGCCCCCGCCUCAUGGAGAAGGUUGGCAAGGUGUGGAGCAACCUUAAGAAGGGAUGCCAAUCUCUGCUCCACACAGAUGAGGGUUCUCGAAUUGAAACGCCACCACAGCUUCAACCACAAAGAGACCAGAGUGUGGACAAGGCCCGGGGAGACAUCACACUGGAGGCUGCUAGUCCCUCUAGUAGUGUGGAGGCACUCCCUCUAGUGGCAUGGAGGACCGGUGGGAGUGUGACACGACAAGGCCAUAACUGUGUAGUGGAUGUACCCCAGAUACUAGAGAUCACAGUCGAGCAGGAUACCGAAGAUGCUCGUGUUCCCUUGGGUGCCCGCAGAGACUCUUACUCACGUCAUGCACCUUGGAGUGGAAAGAAGAGACACUCAUGUUCCACUAAGGCUCAGAGCUCUCUAGAGACCACAGAUCGGCGAUCAGGCCGGUCUCGUCGCAGACAUGGGACUGGUAGCAGCUAUGAGGAGCUGGAGUCAGGGGGAACACGCUCUCUACGACAGCAGAUACAUGAUACAGUGGGCCUGUGCCUCCCACUGCGCUCAUCCUCUCGGAACAGUCACCUUCCACCACCCAAACGUAAGAUACAAAUCACAGAGCUGAUGCUGGAGACAUGCCCCUUUGCACCAGGAUCAGACCUUGCCCGAAAAUGGCACCUCAUUAAACAGCACACAGCACCAGUCCCAGUGUCACCAGUAGAUUCAUCCUCAGAUGCUUGCGGUGCUACCUGUGCAUCACCGGAAGAUGAGGAGGAGCGUUUGAGAGAGAGGAGACGACUCAGCAUCGAGGAGGGUGUUGACCCACCUCCAGAUGCCCAAAUCCACACAGUGGAGGCUGCCACAGCCCCUCAGGUUUCCCUUUAUAAACUGGGACCUAAGUUGGCCCCUGGAAUUGGUGAGGCCCUAGGUGAUAGCCGGGGGGCAACAGCAGCUAACUGUGAUUCUGAGGAUGAGGAUACCACCACUCUUUGCUUGCAAGCUCGCAGGCCCAAGCAGCGACAUGCUUCGGCAGAGGGCCACCUGAGCAGCAAGCAACAGGGGCCUUGGAAGGUACACACUCAGAUUGACUUCAUCCACUGCUUGGUUCCAGAUCUGCUACAGAUCACAGCACUUCCCUGCUACUGGGGUGUGAUGGACCGUUAUGAGGCUGAAGCGCUGCUGGAUGGUCGGCCCGAGGGAACCUUUCUCCUGCGAGACUCUGCUCAGGAAGACUACCUAUUUUCCGUUAGCUUCCGCCGCUAUGGCCGUUCACUGCACGCACGCAUUGAGCAGUGGAAUCACAACUUCAGCUUUGAUGCACACGACCCUUGCGUGUUCCAUGCAGCCACCGUCACGGCACUCUUGGAACACUACAAGGACCCUAGCGCUUGCAUGUUCUUUGAGCCAUUGCUCACUUUGCCUCUGCACCGGAACUUCCCAUUUGGCCUGCAAAGUCUGGCUCGAUCAGCCAUUUGUAAUGGGAUCACCUAUGAUGGCAUCGGUGCACUGCCACUGCCCCUUGCUCUGCAGGAUCACCUCAGGGAGUAUCACUAUAAGCAGAGGGUGCGCGUACGCUGGCUUGAGAGGGAGCCAGUCAAGGCCAAGUGAGGCAGGGCAGAUACUUCUCAGCUCUCCAAUAGGAGUAGUGCGUUCAGCACUGUGCAGAGGUGGAGGAAUUACAGUUUUUUUUUUUUUGAGGGGAGGGGGGGGGUUAAGGGUUUGAAAGGAGGGACCUUAAACUGAAACCUAUAUAAGCUUCUAUCAUUUUUUAUCAUCACUCUAACAAACAAAGAAAUUACAUAUACAGUGGCUCUCCAGUGUGCACAUUUCACUUCAGCUUCUGGACUUUGAAGAAGCACUAGAGGUCUUAGUCUCCUUUUUCCUUUCCCUCAGUUCCCAUGGCUGUGGGGGAAUCUGCAGAUACAUAUAUUUUCAUGCGCCUUCACUCUUUCACUGCUUGACUAUGUGGUUUAUAGCCUUUCCAUUUUAUUUGUUUUGUACCAUUCACCUGUUCUUAAUUCCCUUGCAUUAAAUAUGCAUUGUUAAUGUUUAUUCAAAGUAACAUUGCGGACAAAUGUUGAAGGGAGGGGAAAUGAAGGGUGAUGUUAAAAUAUUGCUUUUCCAGCUUCUUUCAUCAUCCUUAGCUUUCAUGGUGCUCUGUCAGUGGUUCCUAUGGUAACAUCCUGCGCUCAUUCCGUUGUUAAAGGAGGAGGCGUUCUAGAGCAGGACACAGAAAGGCUUUCACCUUGCCUAGUUGAGAACGUGAUGGAGAAAUCCAAGAUGGAUUGACCUUAAACUGUGUGUCCAGACAGCUUUUGGGAAUGCGUUGCAGUGGAGAGAAGGGAUCUGUGGUGUUCUGCUUCCAGGAAGCUAUAAGGAUGAUGUGCACAACGUGACACGGUGUGAUGUGAUAGUGCUUGGUUUUAAAAAAACAUAGUUACUCCUUCGUUCUGUUGCUGUCAAUGUUUUGUAAUCAUUAAUUCCUACCACUAAUUGCACAGGGAGGGUUGACUAAUUCUGUUUCGUCUUUUUUUUUGUAUUGUUUUGAAUGUUCUAUCAGAGACCUGGAAAUAGGGCGCUGGUUGAGAGCACUUUAACUUAACUGUGCUUAUGUUAGUUGGUGAAGCAGAGGCAAUACAUAAACCUGCUACACUGGGACCAUUGUUUUUAGGCAUAAACACCCUCCUUUAUAGAUAUAGACAGUCUACUUUCACUUUGUCUAGCCCAUAUUAUUCUAGAGAGGACAGAGUACGUUUUGAGGUGACCCCAUCAGUGCCAUUGGAUUUGGGUCAAGCUGGCUUGUUUAGCUUGAUUUUGGGAUGAUUUUGUAAUUGAUUAUUUGGAUAAUUCACCCAAAAAUGAAAAUUCUCUCAUUGAUUAUGCAGCCUAAAGACCUCUGUUCAUCUUCAGAACACAGAUAAAGAUUUUUUUAAUGAAACCCAAGAGCUUUCCGACCCUACAUAGACCGCAACAAAAACCACUUUCAAGACCCAGAAAGGUAACAAGGACAUCAUUAAAAUAGUCCAUGUGACUUCAGUGGUUCAACCAUAACUUUAUGAAACUGCAAGAAUAUUUGUGUGCAAAGAAAACAAAAAUAAUGACUUAACUCCACAAUUUCUUCUUAUGCGUGUCAGUCUUUGAUGUGUAUUCACAAGAGUUCACCAUGUGGUGCUGCUGAUGCAUAAAAUUUAUUCUCGUAGCUUCAUAACAUUCAGAUUGAUGAUGUCGCAUGCAUUAUUUUGAACAUUGUCCCUACUACCUUUCUGGGCCUUGUGUUGUGUUGCUGUCUAUGCAGGGUCAGAAAGCUCUCAGAUUUCAUCCAAAAAUAUCUUUAUUUGUGUUCUGAAGAUGAACAAAGGUCUUACAGGUUUGAAAUGACAUGAGGGGGAGUUAUUAAUGACAGAAUUUUUUUUUUUAGGUGAACUAUCCCUUUAAUGAUCUGUAGUACAUUAAGAAGAUUAUUUUUUUGAAAGCAAGAGUAUAAUCACAUUAUUGGCCCCUAGGCCAAGACCAGCUUCUUUUUCACUUUAGAAUGAGCCAUAUCCGCACUUGAAUUUCUUUGACUAAAAUGAGGGAUUUCAAAUACAACAGUUGUUUUUGAUGAAUGCUGGAAAAAGGAAAAGACAGAUUUCUAACUUUCGUGCCCUUUGCCCCAUCUGUUUAGUCUAGAAAAAGACCUAGAUCACUUUAGCAGUGUGCCUUCAUACAUCUAAAGCUUUUAGAUCAUCAUAUGGUGCAUUCAGUGGAUGGGUUGCUAACAGUUAUCCUAUUGGAAAAAACAUGUUUUCCAGUGACUGUUCCUGCACUGAGUGCCAAUGGCGCUGUGAGACAUCCUCUUGAUGUGCCUGGUGCUGAUGUAUGAUGUAUUUUGAGUACUGCUAGGAAUAUGACUAUUGAGUCCCACAUCUUUCUGACUUGUUUUCGAUUGAUGAGAUCAGGUAGAACUGCCAAAUGCUCAGCUCAGGCUCACAACACCUAAACAGCAGUGUGGUACCAUGCGACUAUAACCAGCUUUGUGUGCUUGUGUGAAUGUGUUGCACUGCCCCUGACCUCCCCGUCAACCGCAAGAGACUUCUGCUGAUAUGAAAGGUUUUGUGUUUUCCGUUCCUCCCAGGCAACACUAAUCCACAGUCUAUCCUGAUGCAUUUAAAGUCGUCUUCCUGCACGUUAUCCCGCUGAGUCUUUUUCCUUGCACAAGAAUGGAUGUCAGGGUCAUUCUGGGAAGAAUUCAAAGACCCGAGGAGGGAACUUUGGGGUGAUGCUGACUCACCACUGUGUGGUGUGUUCCCUCUCACCUCCUCUCUUUCUGCAUGGUGUGGGUGAAAUUAGUGCAAUUUAGACAAAGCCUUGGCUUAGAUGGAGGUUAUGAAGCAGGUUUCAGGUUGACAUGGCAUCUGAAGGGGCCAGCUGUCCUGCUAACCACUCGCCUGUAAAAGUGUCAUGCUUGGCUUCGCUCCAGACACUCCUCACUGCACUAACUCAUGAAACUUGAUGUGAACCUACUCAUACCUGUGUGUACCAAUUUUCAUCAGGGAUGGAAAAUAUGCUCAGUCAGAUGGGGGAAGAGAUGGGGUCCUGGUGCCUCUUCUCUCUCCCCCAGUUUUCCCUAGUUUUACUAAAGACGUAAUGGAUUAA